CUGCACUUUGGAACAUGUCUCCACAACCCGCGCUGAGCAAUGGUGCAUGGUGGACCUUCUGCGCAGGAACUUUCACCUGCUUUUUGACGGGCUUCACCUACACCUUCGGGGAAUGGAGUCCUGCCAUCAAGAGCUCCUUCCGAUACUCACAGGCGCAGCUGGAUACGUUGGCCUUGGCGAAAGAUUUGGGGAACUUCAUCAGUAUGGAUGCAGGCUUCACGACCAACCGCUUUGGAGCUCACGUUUCGGUGGCCGUGGGAACAUUGGUUCUGGCUACGAGCAGCGCCUUUAUAUUCCUCUCUCUGGGUCACGACGUGCCCUUUGCUGCUAUGAUUGUGCUAUUUGCAAUCUUUGGCCACAGCAUGAGCUUCUGUGACAAUGCGGGUAUCUCCACUAGCGUGAAGAACUUCCCGCAGAGCAAAGGCAGUGCCGUUGGGCUAAUGAAAGCUAUGGAAGGUCUCACUGCAGCCGUCAUCAACACGGUUUUCUUCAGCUUUUGCAGCGAUGCCCAGCUGAACUAUUUUCCACUUUGGAUCGCUGGCAGUACUUUGGGCACCGGCCUUUUUGCCGUGCCGCUGAUCGCGAUGACGGAUAGUCCAGUGGAGGAGGAUGAGCACCGAGUCUCUUCGAAAUUUCGUUUCCUCACCGGAGCGCUUCUGGUUUACACGGCAUUUUGUGGCAUCGUGGUGUAUUUAAAGGCCUACAUUCUGCCAGUUGCUGUUGUGGCAGUGCUGAUGCCCCUGGGCCUCUUUCUGCUGACCAUGGGAGGUUCUGCUAGUCCACGAGCUCAAAGCCUUCUGGACAACGGGCAGCAAAGGUCAGAUCGUCCGAACCUCUCUGCUUGGGAGAUGCUGUUGAGGGUCGAUUUUUACCUUUUGUUCUAUGUCUUCAUCGCGGUCCAGGGAGCUGGUUUGCUGCUCUCGAACAACUUCAGCCAAAUCGUGAAGGCGGUCUCCCACGAUCCACAUGCUUCCAGCGCAGGAUACCUCACAAUCUUCUCCAUCUUCAACACCUGCGGCCGCAUCUUUGUGGGUUUUGGCUCCGAAGCACUGAAAGCACAGGUGAACCGCCCUUGGUUUUUAGCCAUCUCUGCAACCUUGAUGACGGUGGCCUUUUUGUUCCUUCAUUUGGGCAAGUCUUUCCUCGCCUUCUCUGCCGGUCUGGUGGGUUUCGGCCUGGGCGGCAGCUUCGCGCUGCAAGCAGUUGUGAUUGAGGAAGUUUUUGGCCCGAAGGAGAUGCCGAUCAAGUACAGCUGCUGCUUCUGCGCAGCGUGCAUUGGAUCUCUGGUUCUGAGUGAUUUGCUGGCUGGCCUCCUCUAUGAUAUGGCGGCGAAAGAACAAGGUCAAACCAUAUGCCUGGGACCAAGUUGCUUUGGAGUCACCUUUACGGUGACGGCCUGUAGCAACAUCCUGGCAGUGCUGGCCAUCGUUGCGGUGGCCAUUCGUUCGCGGGACGUGUAUUGGAUUCUGAAUGGGAGUCCACGUCCUGUCUUAACUGAAGCAGCCCGCCUCUGAUGGCG